CUACACCAAACUACAGGUGGAUUUAGUGACGAGCAUAGCGGGCUUAGUUUGCUAUAUCAUUUAUUUACAUUUGACGAGAAAACCGGACGAUCUGAGCAAAAAUGUCUCUGGCUAAGGAUCUGAUGCACCCAAGUUUUGCCGAGGAGAGGAGGCAGCAUAAGAAGAAGAGGCUGGUGCAGAAUCCAAACUCUUACUUCAUGGAUGUUAAAUGCAUGGGGUGUUACAGGAUCACCACCAUCUUCAGCCAUGCCCAGACAGUGGUGCCCUGUGCAGGCUGCUCUAUAAUCCUUUGUAGGCCACGAGGGGGGAAAUGCAGACUGACAGCAGGCUGCGCCUUCAGAAAGAAACAGACAUGAACAGUAACGAACCUGGAACCAUGCAGCAGAAAUACCCAAGGAUAAUCGAGGCUGAGCGAUGCCAUGUUGCAAAUCCUCAGCAAAUAGAGAAAUUGCCUCUAUUUAUCUAAAUGAGUACGAUUUGACCCCCGUGUGGGGCUGAAUGAGACAGAAUCAUCUGAAUGCAUGUACACUCCAAAGCAGAUUGACAUAAUGAAGCACUUUCCUGUAAAGACAUUGUCAUUACUUCUUCUGCAUGAGUAAAAUGCAACAAUCAAAUUUGCAAAAAACUUCAGACAAGUCAUGAUUUCUGUAAAACAUUUUAAUAGGUUGACAUGGGUGGGGUGGGGGUGGGUGAAUGAAGUAUUUCAUAACAGUCUCAACCAAAUGUGAGGCACUCUCAGUGGCUCUGACAUGAGAUGAAACCACGAUGACAUCACAAAAAAAAUAAAAACAUUUCAUGAAUUGUC